AUGCAGUCUUUGUGGAUCUUGAUAUGCCUCUCAAUCGUAAGAGAGUUCAGUUCUGGUAAAGAGAAACUUUACAUUGGGACAUUCUAUGGUGUGAAUGUAUCAUCCAUUGGUUGGAGUUCAGAAGGUGUUAUGCCUGCUGUGCAGAUGGCCCUUGAUCACGUGAACAAAGAUCAAUCCAUCCUGCCAGAGUAUACUUUACACGAAGACUGGAGAGAUUCUAAGGUAACCAUAGUUUCCCAGAAAACCAGCAACUCUCAUUACGCUCGUAGUCUCUUAUUACGUUUUCGGAAAUUGCAAGUUCAUUAUGUCUGUCAGGAUACGCGCAUUGCAUAGUGCUAAGAUCAGCCGAUUUUUUUGCUGGUUCCCGCUCCCCGUUUCUCGUUUUAGUGACUAAAAACGUUUAGCAUAUACUAACACAGUGGAUAGUGUUUUUCGCGCUCUCUGAUUGGCUGCUCAAUCAGUGAAUAUCCUGAACUAUUCACUGAUUCACCUCCAGUUCCUCCGAGCAAGAGACGCCAAACUCGCAUAAGUUGCAAGCAAAAUGCCUCCCCGGCUUGCUGCCGUAACAAACAAGCGUCGGUGGCCACUAGUCACCUCCACUUCGGUGAAUAAUUAUUAUACAUUCUUACAAUACAAUUUUUCUUUACUGAGCGUAUCGUUUAUUUUACCUCCAGUGUGACAGCGGGGCGGCCAUUAGAGCUAUGCUAGACUUGGUAUCCAAGCCUCCAACAAAGAUCAUGUUCACUGCCCCAGGAUGCUCCUUGGCCGCGGAGCCAAUCGCGGAAGCAGCACUGGACGAAAAAACGGAUUUGCGUAAGUUUGCUAGUUGAGCAAAUCUAUUGUAAAUUCAGGGUACUAAUGUUGCUACUUAUUUGCUCUUGGUGCAAAUUUUGUUCGAAAGUGAAAGUUUACUUUUCUGCAAGGGUGGCGUAAAUGUGGAGUAAAUAUCAAGUUUACAGAUAUUUUGUUUCACUUUUGCUCCCCAUAGUAAAUUUGGUGUUUAGAUUCAAAUUUGCCACCAUUUUGUUCUGUGUGUAAAAAUCGAACGUCAAAACUGAAUGUUUGCUUCAUAUUUUCUGGCAUAGCAAAGUUAAUGUGUAAAUUUAUGGUUACUAGAGGCGUAAAUUUAAGCAAAAUAUGAUCAAAGAACUAUCUUUACGACCACUUUAACCAACGUUUGCACAUUUACCAAACUUCACAGUGUUAUUUCACGCAAGUUUUGAUUUUCCAUUGCAUUUUCCGUUUCAAUCACCAUCACAUUCUUCUCAAAGUUUAUAAUAUUACUUGCUGCAGCUGGUUAUUUCAUCCCCCCUUUUUUUUCGUUUAGCGUCGAAUGCGUUUCCUGAUAUUGUGUCGGUGGCUCGGAAAAAAAAUAUCACAAGAAGUCUCGGAAUAGGAGGCCCUGACGUAAAACGUUACCAUUUAUAAUUUGGGUGAACAAAAUGCACAAUAUGUGAAAGGUUUGAACCCAGGAGUCAUUUCAAUAGUAGAUUGCAGAGUUUCAUCGUCCGGGUGAAUGUAGUCCUGAAUGCACUCCGUCGCAAGAUCAGCCGCCAUGUUUGUUGCCCAGGCUUCCAUGUGACUUUGGCACAUGCGCGAUUUGAUUUACAUUGUCACGUGCGGCUUUUGAACCAAUAGAAUAGUGUAAAAUAAACUUUCGUUGAACAGUUCAAAUUCACGCGGACUUCACAAGCGAUACAGCGUUGCAAAACGAGUAGUUUUGUUAUUUUCGGAUAAUAGAAAGCCUGUCUUUCUAUUCAGCUGUUCUAUUACGAUUUAUACCUUUGUUAUCUUCGAGAGACAGUGAUCAGUUGCGAUAUUCUUCACAUAAAGCCUGUUUCCAAGUCAUCAACUCAGCUGGAUUGCAGAAAGGUAUGUUCUUCUUGAUAUCGUGGUUCGUUUACUUACUUUGGUUUUCUAAUAACUUUGCGUAAGCUUAAAACCUCAAAGAUAAAUCUUAAAAUUUAAGAUGCAUGCACAGAUAUGCCAUUGAUUGAUUCCUUUUUGUUUACUGCAGAAAUAACUGUACUUUUGUUGCGCAUCGUCUUCAUUAAUAGAAUAAUCUUAAUAAGUAGCCGGAUCUUGAGCUGUGCAGGCAAACAUUUCUUUUACACCAAUAUAAGUCGGUGAUGUGACCUUAGCAUGUCCAUAAUUCAGAAAUUUGGCUUGUUGUACAGCUGAGUUAAUAUGUUAGAUAUUUGGGGUUACUGUACUUUUCAGGUGACAGCACUUGACAAAGCAGUGGUCACUAUAAUUUAUUAUUUAAUAUUCUACUACAUUUCAAAUGACAAAUGAUUUCCCUUUGUGAAAUUUUUACAAUCAAAAACUCUUGUUUUACAUCUAUACAUAAUUAUGGUUCAGUGAUGUUGUGAAAUCUUAAUUUGGUUCAUUUUGCAAGUGACGGCACAAGUUUGCCAGAUCUUGAAGCAUAUGUGUCAUUCUGAGUUACCAUUGUAUUAUUGUUCCACAUUUAAAUGACAAAUGAUUCUUAUUUCAUAAAUUGUACCAUCCAAAACUCUUAUGGUUUAUACAUAUGGUUCAGUGAUAUUGUGAGAUCUUAAUUUUUUUCAUUUUGUGAGUGACCGCACUUGCCAGAUCUUGAAGCCUAUGUGUCCCUCUGAGUGACCACCUUAUUAUUGUUCCACAUUUAAGUGACAAGUGAUUCUUCUUUCAUAAAUUGUACCAUCCAAAACUCUUAUGGUUUAUACAUAUAGUUUAGUGAUAUUGUGAGAUCUUAAUUUUGGUUCAUUUUAUGCAGUGACGGCAUAUGCCAGAUCUUGAAGCUUAUGUAUCAUUCUGAGUGAGCACCAUAUUAUUGUUCCACAUUUAAAUGACAAGUGAUUUUUCUUUCACAAAUUGUACCAUCCAAAACUCUUAUGGUUUAUACAUAUGGUUCAGUGAUAUUGUGAGAUCUUAAUUUUGGUUCAUUUUAUGAAGUGACGGCGAUGCCAGAUCUUGAAGCCUAUGUGUCCUUCUGAGUGACCACCAUACUAUUGUUCCACAUUUAAAUGACAAGUGAUUCUUCUUUCAUAAAUUGUACCAUCCAAAACUCUUAUGCUUUAUACAUAUGGGUCAGUGAUAUUGUGAGAUCUUAAUUUUGGCUCAUUUUAUGAAAGUGACGGCAUAUGCCAGAUCUUGAAGCCAAUGUGGCAUUCUGAGUGACCACCGUAUGAUUGUUCCACAUUUAAAUGACAAGUGAUUCUUCUUUCAUAAAUUGUACCAUCCAAAACUCUUAUGGUUUAUACAUAUGGUUCAGUGAUAUUGUGAGAUCUUAAUUUUGGUUCAUUUUGCUAAUGACGGCAUUUUUUUUCAUUUUAUGAGUGAAGCCUAUGUGUCAUUCUGAGUGACUACUGUAUUAUUGUUCCACAUUUAAAUGACAAGUGAUUCUUCUUUCAUAAAUUGUACCAUCCAAAACUCUCAUGGUUUAUACAUAUGGUUCAGUGAUAUUGUGAGAUCUUUAUAAUUUUGGCUCAUUUUAUGAAAAGUGACGGCAUAUGCCAGAUCUUGAAGCUUAUGUAUCAUUCUGAGUGAGCACCAUAUUAUUGUUCCACAUUUAAAUGACAAGUGAUUUUUCUUUCACAAAUUGUACCAUCCAAAACUCUUAUGGUUUAUACAUAUGGUUCAGUGAUAUUGUGAGAUCUUAAUUUUGGUUCAUUUUGCGGUGACGGCGAUGCCAGAUCUUGAAGCCCAUGUGUCCUUCUGAGUGACCACCAUAUUAUUGUUCCACAUUUAAAUGACAAGUGAUUCUUCUUUCAUAAAUUGUACCAUCCAAAACUCUUAUGCUUUAUACAUAUGGGUCAGUGAUAUUGUGAGAUCUUAAUUUUGGCUCAUUUUGCAAAGUGACGGCAUAUGCCAGAUCUUGAAGCCAAUGUGGCAUUCUGAGUGACCACCGUAUUAUUGUUCCACAUUUAAAUGACAAGUGAUUCUUCUUUCAUAAAUUGUACCAUCCAAAACUCUUAUGGUUUAUACAUAUGGUUCAGUGAUAUUGUGAGAUCUUAAUUUUGGUUCAUUUUGCGAAUGACGGCAUUUUUUUUUUAUUUUAUGAGUGAAGCCUAUGUGUCAUUCUGAGUGACUACCGUAUUAUUGUUCCACAUUUAAAUGACAAGUGAUUCUUCUUUCAUAAAUUGUACCAUUCAAAACUCUCAUGGUUUAUACAUAUGGUUCAGUGAUAUUGUGAGAUCUUUUAUAAUUUUGGCUCAUUUUAUGUAGUGACGGCAUAUGCCAGAUCUUGAAGCCUAUGUGUCAUUCUGAGUGACCACCGUAUUAUUGUUCCACAUUUAAAUGACAAUUGAUUCUUCUUUCAUAAAUUGUACCAUCCAAAACUCUUUUUGGUUUAUACAUAUGGUUCAGUGAUAUUGUGAGAUCUUAAUUUUGGUUCAUUUUAUGAGUAACGGCAUUUUUUUUCAUUUUAUGAAAGUGAAGCUUAUGUGUCAUUCUGAGUGACCACCGUAUUUUGUUCCACAUUUAAAUGACAAGUAAUUCUUCUUUCAUAAAUUGUACCAUCCAAAACUCUUAUGGUUUACACAUAUGGUUCAGUGAUAUUGUGAGAUCUUAAUUUUGGUUCAUUUUGCGAGUGACGGCGUAUGCCAGAUCUUGAAGCCUAUGUGUCAUUCUGAGUGACCACCACAUUAUUGUUCCACAUUUAAAUGACAAGUGAUUCUUCUUUCAUAAAUUGUACCAUCCAAAACUCUUACGCUUUAUAAAUAUGGGUCAGUGAUAUUGUGAGAUCUUAAUUUUGGCUCAUUUUGCGAAUGACGGCACUUGCCAGAUCCUGAAGCAUAAGUGUCAUUCCAAGUGACCACUGUAUUACUGUUCCACAUUUUAAACGACAAUACCUCAUUAUUUAUACCUUUUGUACAGCUCAAUGAUGUUGAGGGAUCUUUGUUAGUUCAUUUUGCUAGUAAAUGCUUUGGCUUUAUCAUGCCAAAUAACCACAAUUAAUCAAUUAUUGUUCUAAGCAACAUGUGGGUUGCCUUAAUGUUACGUUUCUCAGGUUCUGACCGGUUUUACGGUUUAUGUGUACAGUUGAGUCAUGGUUGUGCUCUGUUAGAGCCUGGUGACCUGUGGGACACUAUCAGUUCUGCUCUUGAAUGACAGGGGAAUUAAUUUAUUUCAGUCUUUAUUUACACUUAAAAGAGUCUUAAUGAAACAAAUGCAGAUUCAACAGAAAGAGGCAUUUCUGCUCUCUACUUUAACACCUGUUCCAAAAACAUAUUAUAUAUUUAAUGAAAAAAAGUUAGUAGGAAUAAAAUGCAGGGAGAAAUUUUUCUCACAAAUAUCCUCAAACUGUUCCUUUGAUUAAGAGAGUGUUUUCAGCUUUUAGCAUCAUGUCAUUGUUCUGCAACCCAAUCAUUUACACUGAGUAUGAGCAGUAUAUGCUUGUUUACCAACUGUGGGUUACUUGUUGGCUGCUAAAUCAUGGUUCAUCAUUUUUCUUUCAGAAAAAAAAAAAAAUUAAAAGGCCAAUAUGCUCUGAGGGAGUCAACUAGCAUCAGUUAGUCAGACAAGGACAAGUACCUUGCAUGUAUGUCCGUUGCAUAUAUGUCAUCAGAGGAGUCUUUGUCUGAAACAGCUGUAUCAGAGUGGCAUGAAGGUAAUUCUUCAGGUUCAGAUGAGGACCUCCCAAACAGGGAAAAUCUCUGUGUAAGGCCACUUUCCUGGCAGAGCAUUGAGGUUAAUGGUUUAAUGGCCCAGUUGGACCGCAAAGUUGCAUGGUAUCAAAGUCAAUGAAGUGAAAAUAAUGGUAAUAGAGCACACAGUGAGACCAGCAUCAAAUCAAGGAGCACCAGACGAUGCUCCUGAGUUUGCUCUGGCACCCACCACUUACAAUAGAAAAAGGAACUUGAUCAUAAGCAUAACACAGAUAAUUUUUGAAGAACAUUCAGAAAAGAAGAAGACAUUUUAGAUAAAAAUGUACAAAAUAAUAAUAACACUCAAGUUGAAGUUGACAUGCAUCAUGAUUCAGUUCCUUUUCAGUUAAGUUCCUAGAACCAUAUUUACUCAGUAGACAAUUGCACAAUUUUUUGAGUUUUGAUGAAGACCUACAAUGUAGUAAGUGAAUAUCCUUUGACACCCAUGGGAUGGAGCCACGUUAAUACUAGGUAAAUUACCAAAUCUCAAAGUGAUUUGUCACAAUCCAAUGAAGAUCUUGCCUGUGUUGCAGACACUCUAAACCUUCUGUAUAGAGCAUGCCGUCUGAGAAUUAGUGCACAAUAUCAUGUUUGAAUCCCACUGGGUCACAAAGACAUGCAUGUAUGUCAGCGUUUUGUGAUUGGCUAGGUUCUUACGCUGUUUGUGAUUAGUCCGAUUUGAAAUAAAGUGUUGACACAAAGUCACAUAAUCUCAAUGACCUUUGUAUGGUAUGGUGGAGCCACAAACUUUCCCUUACCAGACAAAUGUCUGCAAAAUUUGCCAUCUUUGCAGAGCUGUCCUUGUUAGUUUGCACCGAAUCACUCUGUAACUUGGCAACUUUACUGAAUUUUAAAACCUUCCAUCUAGUAGCCUGUAAAUGCAGCUGUAUUUUCAGUCAUCGUGUCCAUUCACCCAACAUAUGUAAUUGGAGAUACAUCUGCAUCCACUUUCCAUGGUGGUGACAGAUUUCUAGGGCUACCCUAAGCACUGCCUUAAAAAAAGUGCCACUCCGAGGACUAAAUCUAGCCAAUACACCCCAUAGUAGAGUAAUUACUGGACUCCAAAUGCCAUGAUCCUAUUUUGUUCUUGGCAUAUUUUAUGAAAAAAAAGAGUGCAGUUAUGUUUUAUGCAAAAAAAAAUACCGUGUGUGAUAACAGUUUUUGAUAAGCAUGGCUUAAAUUUUAAUCACCUGCAUGCCAAUAACAAUAAUAAUGAUGAUGAAUUAAAGAAGUUCUACAGAGCUUUCAUAGUGUAUAGAUUGUGUUUGGAUAAUUUGGAUAUUUAAUCAGUCCAAUACUGCAAGCAAAACAGCUGAUCAUGUGAAUCAGAAAAAUAUUGCUCAAAUUUUUAGCAAAUAAUUUGACUUUUAGUUAGUUAUUUAUGGUCAUAUAAUAAUACAAGAAUUUCACCAAAUCAUAUUAUUUACAGUGAUAUAAUAAUAAUAAUAAUAAUAGUAAUAAUAAUACAAGUAUUUAACCAAAUCAGUGGAUAGCAGAUUUGCUUUCAUAACUUGAAAAGCUUUUGGCUACCUAUAGGAUGAGAGUAAAAUUGGGGUGUCAUUUCAUGCUAGUUUUAGAGGUUUAGCAGUAAAUAAAGCACCUGUAAAAUAAAAUACAUGUACAUGCUAAAAAGGUGACAAAAUUAACCUUAUAAGUGUUUACUGCUGGGUAAAAUAUAUCAAAGUCGUACCCAAAUCAUAGAAAUGCACAGAGCUUUUGCAUAGUAACUCAUUUUAUUUACAAGAAAUAUUUUUAUAUAACUGAUUUGGUUAAAAAUGAAUCAUACAGAUGUAUCUCUUCUUGGGGUAAGUGAAUAGCACUAGGUACACUAUAUGAUAUUAUUCACUGCCUAUUUUGGGUAGUGGAUAAUAUUUAUCAGAUGAAAACAAGUUCUUAUAAAUAAUAAUUAGAGGAAUAUCGCUUAUCAUAAUAAUUUGAGGCUAAUUUUAUUUCCUGUGGUUGAUGUUCUGUCCGUUAAUAAGGAUGUCACAUCUACAUUGGGAGUGAUGUGUACUUGUUGUCAUCGUACAAACCAUUUGCCAAUAGUAUCAAUUGAAUCUAGAAAGAGUAUAUUUGAAGUAUACCACUCAAAUGGAGUUACGUUUUACCUGUACCAACCUUAGAUAAUUAUGAACCAGCUAGUGUUGACUUGCACUUUCAAACCCAAUGUACAUUCUUAUACACUUAUGAAUUUAGAUAGUUUCACAUUGUAUGUGCUUUUUAUUUAAAGGCAUAUAUUUUUGUGGUACAUGCAGUGCCCUGCAGAGGCCAAUGGAACUUUCUUUUAAUUUAUCUUGCUUUUUAUUGUACAGUGUAUAUUAAAGAUAAUAAAGUCAUUUUAUUCUUGAAAUUUUGUUUGGUGUCUUAAUUGUUUGUGAGUCAUUUAUGGUACCAAAUAAAAAUAAGAAACAUCUGGAUAAUGAUGUUUUGAUCAAAUUUGCUAUCUUGAGUGAAAGUGUAAAAAGUGAUAUUUUAAUCAACUUUGUUUACCUUACUUUAAGUAUGGAAAACUGCUAUCAUGGCAAUAUUUGCCAUCCUGAGCAAAGAUACAGAAGAACUGAUAUUUGAUGAACUUUGCUACAAUGGGGAAAAGUAUGGGAAACUACUGUUUUGAUCAUAUCUGCCAUCCUGAGCAAACUUGAGAAAAAAGUGGUAUUUGGCCAAAUUUGCUACCUUGAGCAAAACAGUGGCAAACGCCUAUUUUGAUCAUAUUUACCACACUGAGCAAAGAUACGGAAGAAGUGAUAAUUUGACCUCAUUUACUACACUGGGCGAUACACAAAUAAAGUGAAUUUUUGCUCAGAUUUACUAUCCUGGGCAAAACUGUUGAAAAAUGAGUUUUGGUCACUUUUGCUACAUUGAGCAAAAAUGUGGCAAAUUACUACUUUGACCGAAUUUGCUAUAGAGAGCAAAAGCAUUCAAAAUUCAUCUUCGAUCGCUUUUUUGCCCAUUUGGGCAAAAACCUGACAAAUGUCAGUUUUGCUAUCAAGUUUGACACCCUGUAAAUGCCUUGAUAAAGUAAAGGUUAUCCUUGUUUUUACACACGGGGCAAAUUUGAGGCAAAUUCGGCAUUUACCACCUUUGCCACUGAUGCAAAAUUAUGGCAAAGUUGGUCCUAUGUCAUGUGGCAAAAUUGAGCAAAAUUAAGCAAAUGUGGCAUUUGCAGAUGAUUUGCUCCAAAUUUGCUAUAGAGGUAAAUCCGUUUUUUCGUCCAGUGCAGCCUCCUUUUGGAAAGCAGUACAGGUACCGAUCGGGGAGACUGAUAAUUAGCAUGGUACAAACAUUAAUAAAUCUGAGAUGCUAGCACUAAAGAGAAUGAGCUAGCUUAUUCUCUCUCGGUGCUAACAUAGAAUAACUCGGAUAGCUAAUUAGCUUCCAAACAUCGGAACAAAAUUGGAUGGAAUGCGGUAACCAUAGAAAGAGGCCCGGUCCCCAAUAGGUUUUUCGGGAUCCGGGAUUUCCCUUAUUUGAAGUUCGGGUUUCGGGAUUUUAAAGCAAAAUCGGGGCAAGAUUUGGGAUUGAAAGUAUGCGCAUUUUCGAUUUUGUUUCAAUAGUUAAGUUAUUAGAUAUAUUAAGACCUUUAUUGUAGCUAGACCGGUACCUCCCUUAGAAGAGAGUAAGCCAAAAUAAAGAUAUGCUAUACUACACUAUUUUGUUUGUUCAUUCAUUCAUAAAAUUAGCUUAAUAAAUGUGGUAUCUUAUUCAGUUUUUUGUUCUUUUCCCACGUAUACACCAGGUUGGAUUCAGUAACUCUUCUCCUCUCCUCUCGGAUGAAUCGCGGUUCCCUUUGUAUUCUCGUAUCAGCCCAUCUUCGACACUAAGCAACGCGGCCAUAGUACUGGCGCUGAAAAGGUUGAAUUGGAAUCGCGUCGCAAUUCUUGCCCAACAGGGUCACAUUUUCACAAAGGUAAUUCGGGUAAAUAACUCCUUAAAACUUAAGGACUAUUUUCCGGUAAGUUUACAGUAACCAAAGCCAAUGAACGCUACAAGUUGCCUUCUGCCAGCACCCCCACUCCAUAGUCACUUUUUGGGGAGGAGCGUUGCGUGACGACAGUAAAAACCGCUGUGUAGCAGACUGGCCUCUCCUCUUUUAAUCAGUAAUUUAAUUUUGACCCUCGCUAUAAUCCUUACUAGGUGUCUGUACUGCAGUUGCAAAUUCAAUAAAUUAAGGAAUAUGCCCAGCGCCUCUUACCGCUUUAAAAUACCUUUGUCCCCCCUCUCUCCAUAAAUAAUGACAGGUACCCAACGCAUCCUUUGAUAUUCAGCUACUCCCAGUUCGACUGGUUUCCAAGAUAUGACAAACACACGACUUGAGCUAGAAGAAGACAUUGCGUCUUCUUACAGAUUCAACGCACAAAAACUGUAAAAACUGUAACAGAAUAAAAAUUAAAAGUCUUGAAAUAUAUUUCGCACUUCGAGCCUCUUCAGUCAAUGAUAAAAUAGUUCAUAUAAGAUACAUUAAAACAGCUUACGUGCUCUCUGGCGUCAUGUAAGCCAACAUGAGAGAACUUACUUCGUAGAGAGUGCGCCGUCACGUGCGACGAUCACACGCGGAAUGCUGAAAUAAUUCCACUCAUUCUUAGAAUUAAUCAAAGAACCUUCUGGUGCUUUGUUUAUUCGGACACCCUCAGAUAUUUGUCUUAGCCUGGCUUCAUUGGAGUAAGAUUUUAUUAUUGACUGAAGAGGUUCGAAAAGCGAAAUAUAUGUCAAGACUUUUAAUCUCUAUCCUUUUACAGUUGUUACAGUUUUUGUGCGUUGAAUGAGUAAAAAGACGCGAUGUCUUCUUCUAGUUCGAGUUGUUCUAACAUAUUCCUAGCUUCGGUGUUUACAAUUGUUCAGAGACAAACACACGGCAACUGAAAAAAAUCUUGCUAGAUAACUGCUUAGACACACCGAGCGGAAAAAAUCUUCGUUGGCACUAUGCCGCAAACAAUUCUUUUAAGUAACCUCGUCACUGUUCCUCUCCUCUAUUGAAAGUUUGUAUACGAGAUUUCAAAUAUGUUGUGUAAGUCUUUACAACAGCACUGUGAUAAGUUUGUUGAAAUAAAACGUGAGAGGCACUGUUGCACACAACUUUACUCACAAAUUGAUACAAAUUGAAUUGAAAUUGAUGCAAUGGAAGGCUGACUAAAAAUAUUGCAAGGUUUGAAGAAUACAGCAUUGUCCUUACCUUCAAAUUUAUCAAGAAUCCUUUGACCGAAUGUUCGCAUGAACAGUUUUCCGAACCGUAAUUUUUAAUAAUAACGUGAUUGUUAAACCUUCUUUGUACAGACUAAGGAAGAUCUUAUUUCCCGGCUUUCAAACAACGGCGUGACUAUAGAGUUUACAGAGAGUUUUGCUGAAGAAACUAAUUUUCCAAUUCGUAGUACUAAGGUAAUAUUAAAGUACUUACCAUAUGUCUUACGCGUGUAUACUUAGCAAUUAUUCCUCGAGCCCGAAUGGGCUCUGAGACGAUAGCCCAUGAAAUUUGGCCGAAAGCCGAAUGAGUUGUUGACUCAGAGGCCAUGAGGGCGAGGAAUAAUUCCUUUGGUAAAACUAGCUGGUCAAAAAUAUCGAGACAAAACAAUUUUAGCUAGCAAAACGCGAUUCAGUCGUCAUUUUUUGGUUUUAAUAGUAGGCGCUUUUCGCCACGAGUGGGCUAUAACAUAUGGCCUAGUAGUAGCUCAACCAAUCAGGAAGCAGCAUUGAUAAUAGACCACUAGCUGGAUCGAUGUUACUACAUCGAUAAAGACCUUAUUACAACUGUUGGUAAGGCGUACGUAUUUCCUUUGCUCCCAAAUUCAAUAAUGGACUCUUUGAGGGGACACUUGGGCAAAUUUCGAUAAAUCAUUUUAUAGGACAAAGAUGUCAGAAUAAUCGUUGCUCUGAUGUAUGAAGACAAGUUUAUUAAAAUAGCAUGCCAGGUAAGUCUAUAUUUUCUAAAGACAAUCCAUAGAAAUGUAAUAAAAAAGUCAUCGAUUUCUUCGUACCAUUUCUUCUCCAUUAAACGCCAGAUAGCCGAAUGAAUGCUGCAGAUAACAAAAGAGAAGCAAGGAAACAACACUGAACCCUUCCUUAAUAUAUAGAAAGUCCGAAUAAACUGAAGAUUAAAAUUAACGUUUGGCCCACCGCGCAAAGAAACGUAAGGGAAGAUUAACUGAGGAAAUACUGUACUAAUACGUUAGAAGGCUAGAAUGUAAGCCCUCAAUAGAACAUUGGAGAAGAUCAUAAGCAUGUCUUUUUUCUUUUCUCAACAAAACCUAUAACUUAAUACUUCCUACAUUUUGUUUAGUGAAAAUACACAAAAUUUAUGUACCAGAAAUAACAGUCCUUAUUUACAUUGUUUAGGUAAUACUAGGAGAGAAGAUACAGAAAACUGUACAGAACAAAUAUAGGUUAUAUAACUAAGAAAUAUAUAUUAAUAAGUUUUAAAUAAGUGUUUACAUUCACGUGUUUCAUUGGGUCAGGGUUCGCAAGUACGCCAAAUUUGGCGUAUUUUAUGCCAAAUGUCUUAAGAUGACUCCCCUGAGGUUACGGAGGGAGUCACUUUGACUCCAGAAAUUUUCGGUUGCAAAAUCGUGUUUUCCUCACCUUUUUCAAAACAAAUACAGUCUACAUUAACUGCAAACGUUUUAGACCAAUUAAAGGAUUAUUCAUGUGUGUACAUGUAGAGGCUAAAUUACAAUAAAGAUCACUCGAACGAUGAUCAUCAUGAUGGAUUGAAAACAACUCCCUUAGUUGUCUCACAGUUAGUUGGUCAUUAUCUUUAACCAUCCUUUAGCCUAUGUUCUUCUCUGGCAUCUCCAAAGAUAAACAAACGAGAAACGUGUAUGUAAAAGAAAAUAAUAUACGUGUCUCUUCCAGGCGUUUAAGCAAGGCAUCUAUGGCAGAAAGUAUGUAUGGUUUGUACCUGGCUGGUACAGUGAAAGAUGGUGGGCGAAUACUGAGGACGUUUCGUGCAACGAACACGAAGUAAAGACAGCUGCUGGUAACUACUUUGCCACAAGACCUCUUCGACUUGGAAUAUCCCCUUCUCCGACGAUUGCUGGCAAGGUUGGGUAGUUUGUCUAAAGGUUUUUGCUCACAGUGAAGAAGAACACCUUUUACUUGUCGAUGCUACCUCUUACUAAAUUAAAAAGUAGUAUAGUAGGGAUGUUUUAGACCCCUCUUUUGGACAGGGAUCUCGUUAAAGACGGCACGAAUACUUGAACUUGAAAAUGAAAAUUAAGUCACAGCCUUUUGCCUUUAUCUCAUGAAUCAUAAAUAUACUGAUGUGGGGAAAUCACAUUAACAUAAAGCUAUGUGCUAUUUUAUGUGGUUUCACCGGCUUAACAUAUGUUUUAAAGAAUAUUUAGACGUAUGAAAAUUAGAAAAACGUUCAUUGAUUGAUUCAGUUUAACCAAGGAAUACACGCCAGCCUCUCUGUCUUUUACAUUAAUAGGAAGUUUAAGCAGCGACCUUUUUGAGCGACGCACGUCAACCGUAAGUGGACUUUUUGCACCCUCGGGCCGAGAUUUUGAACAAAUUUUUGGACGAAUUGUUUCUAAAAGAAUUAAGACACUUGGCGUAGCGUCAAGGAUUAUUAAAAGGGAAAAAGGCUCACUUCCGGUUGACGUACGUCGCUGCUUAAGCUCCCAAUUCACUAAACCGUCACAUAAUUAUGAAGAUUCUAUUUCCUGCCCCUUUAUUGACUCUCUUCGUCCAUUGCAGACAAUAAAUCGUCCAAGUUCAUUUUAACGAGGGAAUACGCACACACCUCUCUAUCUUUUACAUUCACUAAACCAUCACGUAAUUAUGUAUGGUCUAUUUCCUGACCCUUUCUUGACUAUCUCCGCCCACUGCGCGUCCACUUGACGUUCUAUGCCCCAACUCCGCGUAAUUGAUUGCGGUGCGCAAUUGUGCAUAUCAACAAAGAUAACGGGAAUUUAACUCUACCACUAAAAGGUACUUACCAGUCCUUCUCAAUUCCAUUAUUUUGCGCCUCGUGUGCGCUAAAGCGCCGCUAUGAGAACUGCCCCAAGAAUGUUAAUCACCGGACGUUUGAAUUGGAUUAAACUCCGUCCUGAUGCCAUUGCAUUUGUUCAUGUUUUUAGACCGCAACUAAACUGAGCGAAGAACUGAAGGAGAGGAUCCGAAGAGAUAAUUACCCUAUUAACACGUUCUCGUCUUUCGCUUACGACACAAUUUGGAGCAUCGCACUGACUCUACACCAUUCCUCUUCUAUUCUGAAUGCUCGCAGAAAGAGUUUGGUAAAUGUAACAUAUGGGGACAGUGAGGCCGCUGACAUUUUCAUAAAGCUCCUUCGCAAUUUGACUUUUCUCGGCAUGUCGGUGAGUGUUCACUCGAAGAAGCUUUACUAAGAUAGUUGUGAUCAAAAUACCUUGUGUUAACCCUUUAGAGAGACCGAGGCUCAUUUGCCAGGGUUAAGUUUUUGUUUUUUGUGUUUGUUUGCUUGUUUGUUUUUUUAAAGGGAAAAACACAGAGUCACCCAGAGACAAAACAGCUAAAGUUAGCCUAGAAUCUUAAGCUUAAACUUGGCAACCUUAUCGCAGGAGUAGGAAGAGGGGGGGGGGGGUUGCGGAGGGAAGCUAGUAUAGGUGAAUCCUUGUUUACAUUUUUUGUCUCAUUAGCAUAUGCUCAUCAUUAUCUGAGGAAGCUAAUAGAACAAAAUCUCUGAAUAUUGAAAGUGCAUAACAAUUUCAGUUAUCUCUGAAAAUUUAAGCCCGACAUACCGAAUAAUUUUGCAAAAAUUCACUUUGAAAAACCCCGAAAUUAACUAAAGAAUGUAUGAGCUCAUUGACGUUUUGCCAACCAGCAAUUUUGCAGUUUUUGAUUGCAAAGAGCUGAAAUUACGCAAACAUAAUUGGUCAAAUUAAGCAACUCUUUAAACUUUUGAACCUAAUUUGUAUAUACGGCUCUUUUGGUUGACUCGUAUGCUAAUAAGCAAAAUGUGAACAAUGACGUCACGAUUAAUCUGCCUGUAAUAUAGGGUUUGUUUUUUUAAGUAAGCUCUACCCAUACAGACAGUCACAAUGUCGUCAAAUAUUACUCAGCCUUUUACUGGUUGGAAAGGCGCACAUACGACCCUUUCAAUGGUCAUUUUGAUCGAACGGUCCUGUAGGCGUUGGUGUACGGUUAAUGACCUAAUAAACGUGUCUUAUCCAAGAAACGACCCCUGUCUAAUAGAUGCCCCCUGUGAGAUACUCCAAAAUACUAGAAAUUAGCAAAAAGGAGAAAAAUCAUUCAAUGCAUUCAGCUUCUUGUUUGAUUAGCGAGGGUUUGCGCAUGUCAUCUUGUUCGAUGCCAAGUUUAAAGUAAGGAUACACUAACGAUAGCAACACAAACAAUGACAAAGGAUUCUGACAUCGAUGUUAGGAUUUGAAAGAGCAAUAUAGAUCUCUAGACGGCCUAGACGUAUCAAUUGUGGGAGUGGAUAUUCUGCUAUUUUUCAACUCUCUUGACAUUUUCGCCUCUUGAUACUUUUGUUACAGUUAUAAGUAUAAACGCCCCCGUUUGGACCCCCAGAAUAAAUAGACACCCCGGGCGUUUAAUAGCUCAUUUACGAUUUCCCUUAUUUCUUUUAUGUAAUUUACCAAUUACGUUACAUAUUUGCCUGUAUACGUGCUUUUUCCCUCUUUUAGGGAACGGUAAAGUUCGGUGAUCACGGUGAGCGAGAAACCACGAUAGAGAUUUUACAGAGACAAGGUUUGAGAAUUGUUUUCGUUAGACCUCGUAGUUCUUGUUUACGCUCUUCUACACUAAAAUUUUCAUUGUAGAUAUCAAGUACACGACAUCAUUUCAGAAUUUUUCGCAUUUUGUUUGAAUUCAUAGGCGAUGCAAUGAUAGUGGUUGGUUUUUGGAACAAGUCUUCAAAUAACAUUGAUGAAUCGCUGUUUAGUUGGGAAGGUGAAUGUGUUCCACAGCAUCACUUGUUUACUACCUUAAUUUAAUUUACAUAUAAAUUUAACAAUUAGAAAUUAACAAAACGGCAGACAAUUUUGUUUGAAUUGUCACUGACGAUUAUUUUGAUCCAAAACAUUAGCAGUAAGAAUAUGAUCCUAUCAGAAUAAGGUAGCUGCAAAACUAAAGACGGGCGGUCAGCAGUAACUCGCUUGACGGCGCACGUUUUAAAUUAGACAAGCAAACAUGGCGGCAAAAAAGCAAUAGUACACAGAAGACGAUUUCUCAAAAUCUAAUCAUUAACAUUUUGUGAUGUUUGGCAGAAUUUUUACUUUUAAGUUUGUAUUCAAUCGUUUAUGUUGCCAUGGAAACUACGAAAACGUCAAACUUUACCUGUCAAUCAAAUUUCAGCUUGUGAGCUGCAACUUUUCUCUUGCCAUGAUUUGGCAAAUGACAUAUACUCACAAACUUCCAAAACUGUGUUCAGCCGCCUUAAAGGACUUAACUCUAAAAAUCACUAAUUUUGGCGUUCAUGGUUCAUUGCUUGGUAAUAGCUAGAAAUCUGCUUGAAAUUAAAUAUCCCGAUGUAUGUAGCGUUUAUAAGUAGCCUAAGAAGCUGAAGAAUCGCGAUACAAGAGAUUUGUAACAAAAAUCAGAAAUACGAUCUGUCGAACCGAACCCUAGAUACCAUCAGCUAAAAGGAAAAAAGAAGUCAAACACAACACAAACAUUCUCAUGCAGCAAAACAAUUUCGACGUACAUCUCAAAAGAUCCAUCCAGAGUCUCUUUUGUAGGUAACCUUAAGGGCUAAAUAGAGAGAUCGGUACAGGACACUAGAGAUGGGACAGUUAAAGAUCGUUUCUUACUCUGCUGGCCUAAACCCCCUGUUUGACCAAUCUGAAUGAAGUUACCAGAUAAUUUUUUAUUUACUUUUUAAAAUCACCGUUAUUUUACGAAAGGACUCGUUAAACUACUUAGGUAAAUACGUAAACCGCUACAGUUUACGUUCAUUCCGAGCUUUCUUUAACCUUUUUUGUUUGUGUGAUUUGCAUCAGGUAAACGUCCAAGGGAUGGAAUGAUUAACAGAAAAGAUGAUUACCAAGAGUCUUACGAACAAACUAUCAUAACAUUGGCUUUGUCCGUCACAGGAAUGUUGUUUUCAUGUGCAUGCUUGGUAGUAAAUAUCUCCUACAGGAAAUAUAGGUUAGAUAUUCAAAAGGAACAUCCUUUUGUUUCCAUGAAACGAGGGCGGACCCAAAGGAAGUGUUCGCUUAAUCUUUUCCAUUACUUUGCACAACAGAUUUUGGAAGACAUACAUAUAUGAUCAAUGAUUGUGAUUGUGAUUGUGAUGGGAAUGCGAGUAUUAAUCACAGAGCAUUGCUCUCCCUAAUGAACGAAUUUAGUAACAGAAGCAGGGCUUCUGACUGGUGAUCGCGAAGGAAGUGCAACCCAAAAAAUUUUAUUGUCCUGCAUUGACUGACGACUGAUGUAGUUGUUUCUCGGCGCUCAGGUUACUUUGUCAGUUAGGACAGGUAUUCGAGGGCGGAAAAAAAGAAUGACGAAAGGCAGGGACCAAAACUAAGUGUUAGUAAGUAAAGUUGAGGUGUUACAGGGGCGGAUCCAGGAUUUUUUUAGGAGGGGGUGCAUUCGUCUCUUGCUCUACUUCAACACCAAUAAACCACAUAGUCUUUUUCUUUUGCAGAAUACCAGUUGUAUUAGAAAACCACAGGUCAUCCCAGGGGGGGGGGGGUGCGCACCCCCUGCACCCUCCCCCUAGAUCCGCCCCUGUGUUAUUUCUUGCAAAGUUGAUCAUCAAGAGAAAGCUUACCCACUCUAUACUUCCAGAUAACACAGGCUUACUUUGCCGCCAGUGCCAUCAGUAAGCAAAAUAGCUGAUUCCAGUUUGCAUAGGCAAUAGCAAUAUUUUACAUAAAUACCACGAGUGAUAUUUCAAAAUUGUUAUAGGUAAUUUCACGAGCCGUUGGGCCAGUGAAAUUUGAGACAAUUUUGAAAUAUCUCGAGUGGUAUUUAUGCCAAAUAUCGCGUACCAAUCCAGCUAUUAUUUGUUUAUACUGCUACCCGCAAAAGGUUUGUAAUUUUCACAUGUAGGUACUUCAAAUUAAGCUGAAAUACCACUGCUCUAAGCCAAUCAAAUUGCAGAAAUUUCUCAUGUAGUAGUAUAACUCAACGGUAGCCAACAGUCAACUUACAAAUUCACCUUGGGAUCAAAAAUCGAAAAUUAGUGGCACGUUUUUCGUAAUGAGUAUACCCUUCGGGCUAAAUUUGAUUGUUCUUUUACUAGAGUUAUCAAGAUGUCGUCACCACACUUUAAUUCUGUUACUGCCAUUGGCUGUCUAAUGAUCUACACGCAUGAGCUGUUGGCGUCAUUUAACAAUUCAAGAAUCUAUAGUGGUGACAGUAGAAGUCUUUGUCUUGUAAGUAGUUUUCUCGCGAUUAUUUCAUCUUUGGUUCGUGUUAGCAAUUAUAGCAAUAAAGCAGAUGAUUCCUAAACCUCAGUCAAACCGUAGCAAGAUCAGAUGAAUUGGUUUUUCUCAAACAAUGAAUGAACGAAUGAAUGAAUAAAUGAAGGAAAGAACGAACGAAUUAACGUGAAUAAGAUCGGGAGUCAAAACACGUGUCAUUUAAACGUGUUAACAGUAACCAGGGACGCGCUUACAAGGGCGCCACUGCAACCCACUCAGCCCAUGAUAACAAUUAGCCUGCAUUUACUGAUAAUGAAUGCUGCAACCGAUUGACACACCCUGUCAACAUUGUGAUUAGGGUUAAACGUUCUCUUCGAUUCGCUAAACAUUUAUGAAGUUAUUUCGCUACCCCGUAGCAUAGGAAGCCCUUCUUUUCUGUGCCCUGUUUCGUCCGUCAAACAAUUCACACCACGUUAAUUACAAUUUAUUUAACAUGUCUUUCUUGUUUUCCGUAGGUCAGUGCGAGUCUCAUCGUUAUCGGCUUUACGUUUAUCUUUGGAGGAAUGUUUGCAAAAACCUGGCGAGUGUACAAAAUCUUUACAAACAGGCGUCUCAAACGCGAAGUAUGAACAAGCUGUCGUUAUUGCCUCUUUUGUAUUGUUACUUUUAUACAGUUUUUAUUCAUCUAUUACAGAGAAUAAAUGGCUUUUGCUGAACUUCUUGACCUCUGAAAAAUUAAACAGAAGCAAUAGCCGCCGGCGUAGGAACACAGUGAGAAUAACUCAAGACAAGAUACUUUUAACUUGCAUUCUGAGUUGCAUGAUACCUUGGACUCACUAUUUUAAAUUUACUCAUAACAUAGCGGGAAAUACUUUACCAACGUGCUAGACAUAAAUUGCAAGCAAUCGGAAUAAAUACUGAUAUCUCUCGUGUGAUACGAGCACCAUAAAUGACAAUAAUGAUAAUAAUAAUUUAUUUCUCGCCUCAUAAAAAUCCACCCUUGCACUAGGGCCUUUCUUUUCCUUGCUCGAUUUUGGCGUCCUCAAGAAAGACCCUGCAUGAAUCGAGUAAGAUCUUUGUUGAGCUACAUGCGCCGCAUGUAGCUACGAUAUCAAUCUCGUGCCUCGAGUCUGCGUCCCUUACUGCGCAUGCUGGCUUGACGAGAGGAGCGACCGCUGGUCAAGGGGAACGAAAACGCUGGGUACGAGGGUGCUAAGAUAUCUUUUCAAACCCAGGCCUAACAUCCGUGUGCGCGCUACAGCGGGCUCAGUUAUGACAUUCGGUUUAUCAAUAAGCGGAUGCUCGCACUCAAUAAAACCAGUUUGACGAGAGAGAACAAGAUUGACCAGUCCAGACGUUUGGGCUUCGGUGACCUCGAAGGUUAAACGUGAUUCAGGAAGAGAUUCCUUUUCUUUUUCUCACUCAAGAAGAGAAAAGGAUGUGCGGCUUGAAAAAAAUUACUAAACAAAUAAAGUGUUGUUUUCAGAGAAGCUGAAGGACAGAUAACAUUUUCUAUGCCUUUUUGUACACCAAUUCUCUUGUUUGGUUUUCUUUCUUUUUUCUUUGCAGAUUGGUGGAUUAACCACGGCGCGACUCAUGACAAAAAUUUGUUCUAUCUUACUCCUUGAUACCGUGGUCUUAGUUAGCUGGGAGCUUGUUGACCCAUUGCAGUCAGAACACAUAGAAAUCUCAAAAGAGGUAUCGAAACAAAAAGUUGAGGUUUCCAGAAGUUAGAGAAGUACGGUCGAUUCAAAUUUCCGUUUUUACGUGUGACGCUUGCGCAAAAACAGGGUAAAUUGAAGUCAGAAAGGAACGGCCAAAUUGCCGUCAACUUGGAAUUCUUCUGCAUGAUUAUAUUCACUUAAGACAUAGAUUACAUGCACCUAACACAAAAUUAGGCUUGCUCCUUCCUCUUUACGCGAACGCAAUUUAAUUAAAACUAAAUCUGAUAAACGAUAACAACAGAACUGACAUAUCAAUCUGAAAAACCAGCAAUUUUUGUUUAUUUCUCUUUUUUGACAUCGACACAAUGACAUAGAAUUUGGUCGAAUCAUUUUAGUUAAGUUGUUUUCACCUAUUGCUUCACUUGAAGUUAUCAGUACAACUGUAUACGUAUUUGUAAAAUGUGAAAUGACGAGAUCAUGUUUUUCUAAACUUAUAUAACAUUUUCCGUUCGAUCUUUUUACUUUAAGUUUCUUUCAAACGAUGAAGACAUACAAGUCCACAUCUUCGCCCAUCAAUGUGACUCGAAGCAUUUCAAAACCUGGAUGCUGGGAAUAAUCGCCUACAAAGGGGUUCUUCUUCUCUUUGGCGUUUUUCUUGCCUGGGAAACAAGAAACGUUCAUUAUGCGGAGCUCAAUGAUUCCAAGAACAUUGGUUUAGCUGUCUAUAACAUCUUGGUGUUUUCUGCGCUCUCCAUCACGGCUGAAUUUGUGUUAAAUGAACAAGCAUUCGCGACCAAGAGAAUCUUUAACAAUUUACUGAUGUAUUUAUGCACAUCCAUGGUCCUUAUUUUGGUAUUUCUCCCUAAGGUA